AACAUGGUGGCCGUGAUUCACCCAAUAGCAGUGCGGUCACAAGUACAACGGCUGCACCCACAACAGAACCUCCCAAAUCGUUUGGAUGCGAUUCGUCAUCACCGGAAAUGAAACAGCAGGCGAUUACAUCCGAUGCUAAAGUGCAAAAUUCAUUACAGUGCCAUGAAAUGCCGGCAGCAUAUAGAAUUCCCGGCUAUAUCGAACAUUUAUACUCAUUACAGUGUUUAAGUCCCAAUGCUUCCCUACAUGAUAAAUUUUCCCAAAAACAUUUUCACAUAGCUGGACUAAGUAUGAAUUCCAGUGAUUAUUUACGAUCAUGCAAUAUGGGCUCGGUCCGUGAACUACACCCGGCAAUAGCAGUUAAUUUAUCAGCAGCCAACAAUGGCUAUAACUUUGGCCUUAAAAACAAGAGUAUUAACUCGCAUUCUUUUAUAGCAUCGCGCAAGCGUGCCUUAUCGUCGUCACCGUAUUCCGAUGCCUUCGAUAUAAAUUCAAUGAUACGUUUCUCACCGAACUCCUUAGCUGCGGCCAUGGGUGGCCCGUGCCCCGGGCCGAAUAUGCCGCCCAAUGCAUGUUAUGGUCAUUUAUCGGCAAGUAAUUUUAGUCCCAUCCAUUCAGCCAUGGCACCUCAUUUACAACAAUUGCAAGCACAUUUAUUGAGGGUUAGCGCCGGUUUGCUACAUCCUCUGUCGUCGGGACAUCAAAUAGCAGCACACACACACAAUAUGCUUCCAAUGGAUCAGAAACAAAUGUUGAAUCCGAAAACAGAUAUUCCACCGGUUGCAACAACACCGGUUAAAGAAGAAUUUAACGAGAAGGAAACGAAUGGAAAAGUGCAUCAUAUCGAAGAGCCACCACGUCUUGCUGUGGAACCAAUUUCCUCGUCAUGUAGUGAUGUAACACUACAGGAGGCUGACAGUGCAUCAGCCGUUGAAAACAAAAAGACAAGAAAAUGUUAUACAAAAUUUUCUGGUCAAUGCCAUGAAACUAAGACAACCAGUAAACCUCCAAGCGAACCAUCACCGAAUGUAACACCACACAGCGUAAGUGGCGGUGGUGGUGGUGGUAGCAGUACUACCGGUGGCUAUGAUUGUGCAAGUGCCGAUACAACCGAUCUUAAAGAUGAACCAUUGGAUUUCGAGGAAACCAAUUGCCAUUGGAAAGAUUGUGAAAUUGAAUUUGGCAAUCUGGAAGAUUUGGUGCGGCACAUUAACAAUCAUCACAUACAAAACAAUAAGAAAACAUUUGUAUGCCGUUGGGAAAACUGUUCCAGAGGUGAAAAACCAUUUAAGGCACAAUAUAUGUUGGUGGUGCAUAUGCGUCGUCAUACCGGCGAGAAACCACACAAAUGCACGUUUGAAGGUUGCGGUAAGGCCUAUUCACGUUUGGAAAACUUAAAAACUCACUUGAGAUCACACACUGGAGAAAAGCCGUAUACCUGUGAAUAUCCCGGUUGCACUAAAGCGUUUAGCAAUGCCAGUGAUCGUGCAAAACAUCAAAACCGCACACACAGCAAUGAGAAACCAUACAUCUGCAAUGCCCCCGGUUGCUUGAAACGCUAUACCGAUCCCAGUUCGCUGAGGAAGCACGUUAAGAGUGUACAUGGAGCUGAAUUUUAUGCCAAUAAAAGACAUAAAGGUUUCAAUGAGAAUGGCGGCAGCAGUGGUGGCGAAGACAAAUCUAAUGAAAAGAACGGCCAUAUGCGUGAUUACUAUCAGGGCAAUAGCAGCUCAAUGAGUCAAAGCAUUAAGAAGGAAUACAGUCUGAGUGCAUCGCCAAAGUCGCAUGCACGUGCCAUCUUCCAAAAUCCCAUGAUGCGUACAGCAGCCGUGGCUGAAAUUGAUGGUGACAAUGAUUGGUCGUCUGGAAUGAUGGGCGGCGUGGGUGGUGGUGGCGGUUAUGAUUAUGGCAAUAGUAACAGUGACUUUGUUACAAACGAUGAAAGCUAUUGGGCAACAUAUGCCGAUAAUGUUGAUGUUUCAGAAUUGCCACCUGUGCUGAGGACAAUGGUUACAGGUGGUCCAUCACCAUUGGCCGUGGAUAGUUCACCACAACGUAUACGACCACGUCUACAAGCCAAGCCGAUGAUUUCACCCAAUAUGGGUAUUGGCAUAAGGGAAUUGAAUCAACGUAUUACCGAAUUGAAAAUGGAAACAAAUAUUGAUGACACAACAACUGGCGGGCCAUGUGGUGUUGGGCCUAAACAAUUCUCAGAAUUGGACCCAACCACCAUACGUAGGGAUAGUCAGAAUUCCAAUACCAGCAGUUAUUAUUGCAGCAUGAACAGUCGUCGCAGUAGCCAGUGUUCCCACCAAUCGUCCAUGUCUACCCUGCGACCACAUUCCUCCUUUAAUACAGGUGGCGGUGGAUCGCUGUACGAUCCUAUCUCACCAGGAUGUUCAAGACGUUCGAGUCAAAUGUACAAUAUGAAUACUGGUGCCAUGAAUCCCAUACAGGAACGUGUUGAUGUUCUUAAUGUGGGUGUGAAUACCACAAACAAUUUCCGAAAUGACCUCAACAGCCAUCCGUUUGUGUUUAAUCGGGAUAAAGGUGGAAAUAUACCACCACCGCCAUCUUCGCAUCUGAUUGCCAAGCAUUUGCAUCAGUUACAGUGUUCCUUGCUUUCGUCCACCUAUCUAAGGCAGCUACGCCAAAAUGGUCGUUAUUCUAUACCGAACAUUUUACGUUUCUCAUCGGGAUUGCCAGAGAAGAAUCGCCUGUUGGAUAGACGUUUCUCGGAAACGAAUCGCAAACCUUUGAAAUUGAUAAUGUCAUGCCCCUCUACCUUUACAUAUUCCCUAUUGGCCAGUCAGUUGGUCAAAGCCAUUGAGCAGGUGAGCAAGUCACGUUCUGCCGAGGCAAGAGAAUUGAUGGAAGUCUCCUUGGAUCAUCACCCCAAUGAAAAGAUUAACCUAGAUGAGGUCGAUGAAGAUGAGUUGAUUGAAAAUAAAUUACUAGUCCUACCGGAUGAAAUGUUGCAAUACCUAAAUCAAGUGGCCAAUCAUCAUCAUCAGCAGGAACAGGAACGCCGCAACAAUAACACGGAGACCACUAUGGGUGGCGGUUUUAAUACCAAUCAAAAUCGUUUUAUGCAACAAAUGCAAAGUAGUGCAAUGAUGCCACCGCCUGCAAAUCCCCCACCAUCAUCCUCCAAUACACACGUCACGAAUCAACGCAAUAAUUACGAUAUCUAUUCGUAUGAACACUAUAUGCGGUAUCCUCAAUAUUACGAUUGUGCCAAUAACUAUUAUCAGCAGUACCAUCAAAUGAACAAUAUGAAUCAAACAAAACGGGAUAGCUGUUCGGGACAGAUGCCAGGUGGAGCUGCCCAAAGUAAUUGUGCAGCCCAAACACCAACACCCUCUCAACAAGCGUUGCCAUCCAACAAUGUUGAUCCAGUUGAUAGUUCCAUGACAAGUUUGGUGGAUUGGCGCUUAAGUACACCUGGUGUGGAAACUAAUAACCCAGCGGCAGCAGCAUCUGUAACCGUUGGUGUACCACAUGAAAUACAAUGCAACGAUAUAUCACAAUCCCAAAUGUCACCUGCAAUAGUUGGUAACAGCAAUCAUCCGGCGGGCAACACAAAUGCCUACAAUCAAUACACCAGUAUUUCUUCGACUACCUUCAAUGAGAGCAAUACCACCCCAUCAUAUUCCAAUAAUAACAAUGGUUCCAGUGGUGGUUCCAUGAUGACUGAAUCCUAUCAACGUACCUUGGAAUAUGUACAAAAUUGCCAGAGUUGGUUGAAGUCCAGCAGCAGCAACAAGGAAGGACCCAAUGAGGCAGCCUUGUAUUGCGAUGACUUCAAUAAUCCAGCAAAUGCGGCAGCUGGAACCACAGCCGGCGUACCCAUGGUCACAAGCCAAACCAACAUUACAAGCUGUACUUAUCCCACCAAUAAUAAUAUGGUCAUUAAUGACAUGAACUCAUCGCUUACUUCACUUUUCGAAGAAGAUCUGUGUUUCAAAAUGAUUUGAAA